AUGAAUUCGGACCCUUCCGCACCAGACGACACCCUAGCGGAAGAAGGGCAGCCUGCGGAUCUUGAGCGAGAAUGCAACGAGGAAACUUGCGACUGGGCCGAGGCGUUUGAAGUGUUCGGCGACCCGGAUCAAACUGAUCACUUCAUGUACACGCGGCUCAAUAAGUGCGAGAUCCUGGAACCAUGCUUUGCGUCCGGAAGUGCCAAUUGCGAGAAUAAAUGGAACAGUUAUUGGUGCCAGUGUUUGAGCGGCUUUUACGGCAAAGAUUGCGAUAUUAAGGAUACAGUAAAUGGGUACAUGUGUCAACGCCCGGAAGGCUGCGAAGGCUUCUUCGGGGCACAAGCAACAACGACGACGAGCACGACAACAUCGACGACGGCGACACUUUUACCGCCAUACACUCCAAGCGUUGAAUGCGACACGAUCAACGACCGUUUUAUUGUGAGAAUGCCGAAAUCGAGUCUUGGCGACUAUUUGCUCGGCUUCGACAUGAUGAGUGCCACUUGUCGUCUUUUCGUACAAGUUUACUGA